AUGUCCACGGGGAUUUCAUUGUCCGCCUUCCGAAAUGACACUCUCAUGAUAGUAGUUGCCCGCAGAAUCAACUACAUUGAUCCAAAUCACAGAAAACACCAUAUAGUGGUUCAAGUCUGCGAUUACCCUACGGUCAUUUCAAAUGGUCCUUUCAUGGAUGACGUCGUUGAUGAAGACUCAAUCGAAGGGCGUGUGAGACGUACAGAAGAAUAUGAAGACGAUAUCGACCAAGCUGGCUCUUUAGAUAUCGAGAGACUGGAUCCUAUUCGUCACAUGGAAGUUUCUCGAGCCACUCCCCAGAGCCUGUUCUCUGUAGGCAUUGGUCGCAAUGCUCACCCACCUGUGAUACGAUUCAUUCGAGUGGACGAUCCAAAGUCUCUUCUUAUCUACACCGACGGUGCGUGCCUCGGUAACGGACAAGUUGAGCCUAGGGCAGGAUGGGCUUUUGUCUUCGGGCCUCUAGAACCAAACACCACUGCGAGUGUAAACGAACGUCUAGAAUACCAGGGUCCAAUGGGCGAUUUCGCCGACCCAACCAGCAACAGAGCAGAGCUUCGAGCUAUCAUCGGCGCCCUUCGUUUCAGGAACUGGACCAGCGAAGGCUUUACCACUCUCGUCCUGGCGACUGAUUCAGAAUAUGUCGUCAAAAGCUUUUCUUGGGGAGGUAGAGCGUUGGGAUGAGUAUGGUGUCAAGAUUCAGCUUUGGAAGAUUCCACGGGAGUGGAAUACUGAAGCGGAUCGGUUGGCUAAAGAGGGAGCGCAGCUUGAUGAGGAAUUGACCUAUAAAGAAAGGCUGGGUAUUUUCUCCUAGCUAGAAAAGGCCGAGCGAAUGAGUGAGUGAUGAAAAACUAUACAUGGUAACAUCAUGUGCCGAAGCUAAAGAGCUCCUAAUUACAAGCAAUUGUUUUCACUUAUUCCUUAGUCGCACGCCAAGAGUAACUUCGCCAGUGUCCUCAUCAUUAUAUGAUUAGCUUAGGGCUGCAGUGACAGUUGGCAGAUGUCUUAGCCAUUGGUUAUUUUCUUUAUGAUUCUUGGU